AUGGAUACUGACGAUAGAUUAGAAACUGCAAAAAUAGAAAACAUCGACAUAAGAAUAUUAAAAGACUACUUUUUAGACAUGGAUUGUCUAAAAGAUUUUUGUGAUGAUUUGAUUAAUUGCUACAAGAAAGAACAAGAUUGUUAUCUGGAAGAUGAUAAAUUUAAUAAAGUCUUAGAAGAAGAAGCAGAGUUAGUAGAAUCUAUUUGUGAUGUGGCCUCCGAUAUUAAGAGUAAUUAUAAAGACGUUUUAGAUGCUUUUAAAAUAAGAGCAACUGAAAGAGAAAGAAGAAGAAGAGUGGAGAUAUCCAAAGAAUUAUCCAAGAAGCCAAGAGCUCCAAAAGAUAAUUAA